AUGUUUGAGUCAUCAGGAACUGCCAAGUGUAUUUCUGAAGGAAUAAUGAAGUCACAACAGAAGCUUCUCCGGCAUCCUCCAGCGUGCACCUUUGAUGGUCAUGAUCUGAUUACUGAGUGUUGCUUUUUUGGCUGCGUCGUUGCCGUCCACAAUUCGGAAGGAUGUGAUAUGAUGAUGAGCAUAGGGAAUCAUGAUAUAAUCUUAGCAACAGUGGACCAUCCAUCAAAUGCUUGCGAAUGGGCAUUUGCAGAGGUGCUAAACAACCCUGAGAUACUCAAAAUGGUUGUUGAAGAACUGGAUAGAGUGGUUGGGAAGCAACCACUGGUUCAAGAAUCAGAUUUUGCGCAACUCAAUUACGUCGAGGCCCGCGCUAGAGGAGCCUUUCGGCUCCACCCUGUUUCUCCAUUGAACAUUCCUCGCGUGUCCAUGGCUGAUACAGUAGUCUCCAACCAUUUCACCCCGAAAGGUAGCUAUGUUAUUCUUAGCAGAUCAGGGACCUUAAAGUUUGGGACGGGCCGCUGA